AACUUCAAUCCAACUUGAGCUUAAAAAAGAAAAACCUGAGAGUCUACCAUGAAGAUGACGAAAGAAUAUAGAAUUAAGCUUAAACUUGCUAAUUCGUGUAGCCAACUCUGCUUAGUAGUAGUAUUAGUUGUCCUUGCAAGUCUAACAAUCCCAGCGGAUUGUUUCCAUCAUGAUGACCAUUAUCCGGAAGCCAUUGCUGCUCUCUUCGUCUUUGGUGAUUCACUUAUUGAUCCUGGGAAUAACAACUACAUCAACACAAGUACAGGUUUCCAGGCCAACUUUCCCCCAUACGGAGAAUCAUUCUUCAAAUAUCCAUCGGGAAGGUUUUGCGACGGCCGUGUAAUUACGGAUUUUAUUGCUGAAUACGCAAAGCUCCCUUUCAUUCCACCUUAUCUCCAAAUUGGCUACCAAUAUCAGUUGGCUUAUGGUGCAAACUUUGCAUCUGCUGGCGCUGGUGCUCUAGUUGAAACCUAUCCCGGAUCGGUUGUCGACCUUAAAACGCAGUUGUGGCAUUUCAACGAGGCUGAAAAACUAUUGAUUUCGAAUAUCGGUAGAAGAGGAGCAGAACGAAUCGUAUCCAAUUCUGUGUACUUGUUUAGCAUAGGGGCAAAUGAUUACUUCAGCGAUUCAAGAAAAUCCAACAUAUUUAAGUCGUUUACCCCAGAGGAUUAUGUAGCAAUGGUGGUUGGCAACAUUACAGCUGCUCUCGAGGAAAUAUACAAGAAAGGUGGGAGAAAAUUUGGAGUUGUAAAUAUGCCGCCUCUAGGCUGUGCACCAGUCUAUAGAGCUGCCGAUUUGGCUGCUGGAGGGACUGGAGAGUGCAAUGGACAGAUGACAGCUUUGGCCAAGUUACACAAUGUCUUACUUUCCAAAGGACUCGAGCACCUGCAGAAGCAGCUCAAAAGCUUUAGAUAUUCAUAUUUUGACUUUUUCGCUGUUUUUGUCGAUUUAUUUGACAAUCCAUCAAAAUACGGCUUUAAGGAAGUGAAGAGUGCAUGCUGCGGCAGUGGUCCUUUCCGAGGAACAAACAGCUGCGGAGGGAGGUGGGGAAUAAAAGAAUACGAGCUUUGUGGCAAUCCACAAGAUUAUUCCUUCUUUGACUCCGUUCAUCCAACUCAAGCUGCCAACCAGCAGUUCGCGGAGCUCAUCUGGGCUGGACCCUCCAAUGUUACUGGCCCUUAUAAUCUCAAGUCACUUUUUCAGCUUUCAUUGUAACCUGAUCUACUCAAGAUUGAAGUUCAUGACCAAGGGACCAUUUGUGACAUUUAUGUUUCUUAAUUUCUGUUUUUACUUCAAGAUAAAACAAAACACCUGUUAAUAUAUAUAUAUAUUGGUUGCCAAAAACAAUACAUAAAUGUGUUUGUUUGAUGGAAGAGGAUCUCUGUUUUUUGAUUGCCAAACCUUGGGGAAUUUUCUUAAAUCUCACAAGGUGCCAGGCUACCUAAUGUUGAAUGAUAAGCUAUUCAGAUUCUUCUAAACUGAUACCUGAUUAUAAGCUGCAGAUGAGAAAGUGACCUCAAAGAUCGUUGGGAUCUGAUCCAGCAACUGUUCGAGAUAAUACAUCCAGCUGAUAAGUGCUGAUGCAGCACAACAAGCAGAUAUUAAUGAAUGUAGAACUGCAUAAAAUGAUUUUUUGGUCUUCCGGGAAAUUCAUGGACUCAAUUCUCUUUAUCGUUUUGGUUUGUUGACAAGAAACAACAAAGACAGAAUUUUAC